ACGCGCCGCACGGUCACCCCCGUCGGUCCAAGAACUCAGACGCCAUGGCUACGCAAGCUUCGGUGAUGUCCGCGAAAGCGACCAAGCUCCCCGGGUUCUCCGGUCUCCGCGCUCAGCGCGUCGGGGCUGUCAACCGCGCCACCGCGCCCGUCAAGCGCGCCGCCCGCGGGCUCGUCGUCCGCGCCGCCGCGGAGCGCGAGGUCGCCCUCGACAAGUACCGCAACAUCGGCAUCAUGGCGCACAUCGACGCCGGCAAGACGACGACGACGGAGCGCGUGCUGUACUACACCGGCAAGUCGCACAAGAUCGGCGAGGUCCACGAGGGCGCCGCGACCAUGGACUGGAUGGAACAAGAGCAGGAGCGCGGGAUCACGAUCACGUCCGCGGCGACGACGUGCGCGUGGGGCGACAACAGGAUCAACAUCAUCGACACCCCCGGUCACGUCGACUUCACCCUCGAGGUGGAGCGCGCGCUUCGCGUGCUCGACGGCUCCGUGUGCCUGUUCGACUCCGUCGCCGGCGUCGAGCCGCAGUCCGAGACGGUGUGGCGCCAGGCGGACAAGUACGGCGUCCCGCGUCUGUGCUACGUGAACAAGAUGGACCGCAUGGGGGCGAACUUUUACCGCACCGUGGACAUGAUCGUCUCCAACUUGGGGGCGACGCCGCUCGUGAUUCAGCUCCCGAUCGGCGCGGAGGAGGACUUCCAGGGCGUCGUGGACCUCGUCGAGAUGCGAGCGAUCGUGUGGAACGGCGAGGAGCUCGGCGCGUCGUUCGAUUACGUCGACAUCCCGGACGACCUCAAGGAGAAGGCGGAGGAGUACCGCAUGAUGCUCGUCGAGUCGGCCGUGGAGCAAGACGACGACGUCAUGGAGGCGUUCCUCGAGGGCGAGGAGCCGACGACGGAGCAGCUCAAGGCGUGCAUUCGCAAGGGCACGAUCGCGAACGCCUUUGUCCCCGUGCUCUGCGGCUCCGCGUUCAAGAACAAGGGCGUCCAGCCCAUGCUCGACGCGGUCGUCGACUAUCUCCCCUCCCCCGUGGACCUCCCGGAUAUGAACGGCACCGCCGUCGACGACGCGGAGAAGAAGCUGUUCCGCAAGCCCGCGGACGACGAGGCCUUCUCCGGGCUCGCGUUCAAGGUGAUGGCGGAUCCGUUCGUCGGGUCUCUCACGUUCUGCCGCGUGUACUCUGGCAAGCUCGAGAAGUCCUCGUACGCGUACAACUCCGUCAAGGGGAAGAAGGAGCGCAUCGGCCGUCUCCUUCAGAUGCACGCGAACGAGCGCAUCGACGUCGACGGCGCGGUGACGGGCGACAUCGUCGCGAUCGCGGGUCUCAAGGACACGACCACCGGCGACACCCUGUGCGACGAGAAGAACCAGAUCAUCCUCGAGCGCAUGGAGUUCCCGGACCCGGUCAUCAAGGUUGCGAUCGAGCCGAAGACGAAGGCGGAUCUCGAGAAGAUGUCCCAGGGUCUCAUCAAGCUCGCGGCGGAGGAUCCGUCCUUCCACUUCUCCCGCGACGACGAGACCAACCAGACCGUGAUCGAGGGCAUGGGCGAGCUCCACCUCGACAUCAUCGUCGACCGCCUCAAGCGCGAGUUCAAGGUUGAGGCUGACGUCGGCGCCCCGCAGGUGAACUACCGCGAGUCCAUCUCCAAGGAGGCGUCCGUGAAGUACUCGCACAAGAAGCAGUCCGGCGGCUCCGGGCAGUACGCGGAGGUGCAGAUCAAGUUCGAGCCUCUCGAGCCCGGGUCCGGGUUCGAGUUCGAGACCGACCUUAAGGGCGGUUCCGUUCCGAAGGAGUACAUCCCCGGCGUAUCGAAGGGCCUCGAGGACAUGAUGGGCGCGGGCAUCAUCGCCGGCUUCCCCGUCGUGGACAUCAAGGCGACGCUGUUCGACGGCAACUACCACGACGUCGAUUCGUCCGUGAUGGCGUUCGAGAUCGCCGCGCGCGGGGCGUUCCGCGAGGGCAUCGCGAAGUGCGGCCCGAAGCUGCUCGAGCCCGUGAUGCAGGUUGACGUCGUCACCCCGGAGGAGUCCAUGGGCGACGUCAUCGGCGACUUGAACUCCCGACGCGGUCAGGUUGGCGAGCUCGGGGACAAGCCCGGCGGGUUGAAGACGGUGAAGGCGUUCGUCCCGCUCGCGGAGAUGUUCAACUACGUCUCCAAGCUUCGUGGGAUGUCCAAGGGUCGCGCGAACUACAGCAUGAAGCUCGCGAGGUACGAGCCCGUGCCGAUGAACAUCCAGAAGGAGCUCUCCGAGUCGCGCGGCAGCAAGGCCAGCGCGGAGGCGUGAGCCGCCGCCGCGAGCGCUCUCGAGGAGGAUUAUUUUUGCACGCCGCGAUAGUUUGAAUUUGUUGUGAUCAACGUAGUACGUAUCGAUAAA